GCUCAUUAACAACCCGUUAUAGAUCUAAAGUGGCUGUGUUAAAGCAGGAGAAGCGCUAAAAUGCUCAGGGCAGCGGGCCUCCAGGACUGGGUUUGAGAAACACUGCACUAUUUAGAGUACUAACACUAAGAAGUGCACAACUACGCCAAUUGGAACACAGCCCAGAAAAACCACGUGAAGAAAGCAUGGCUGCAUUUGGGACCGGAGCAGCAGCGCUUCCGUCUUGGCGCUUGUUGUCCCGCCCUCCUUCGAGCUCAUUGGUUCGUUUAGUGUGACGUACCGCCACGUCCGGCCGUGUCUCAGUUUGAUUGGACCGCAGAGGCCGUCUGGAUGACAGUCAAGUUUUCUCCUUCGCUCCUCACCCGGUCAUUUGUUUUGCUGAGCGGUUCUGCAGAGGAGGGCAAAAUAUUGAGUUAUUCUUACAGUUUAAACCCUUCACUUAAUGCUAUAGUGAGAUUUGAACAUUAUAUAACCUCCCAGCGCCCGAGAGAGCCUCCAUGAUCCAUGCUGGACGUGUAAGCAAGUUAACUUACCAUAGUAGUAAGUUAACUCAGCUAAGUAAGCGAAGUAUCUCUCAAGCUGACUGAGCUGGUUUUUAAUUUCACAUUAUUUAUUUGUUCUCAUGGGAAUAAUAGCUGCUUCCUAAGAAGCAGUGCUCUUAUCACGUUAAGUUCUUGGACUGAAUUACACCAAGUGACCAUUCAUUCACCAAGAAGAGCCUCUGCCUGUCUCUCUCUGCCCCUCCUGUGCUCCUUGUCUCCGGGCUGAAUGCUCCAGGCUUUGCCUCGGCUGAACAGAGCGGUGGGGAGGAUUCGCUGUGUGGGAGCUCACGUCACCAGCAUGGCCCGAAACGGUAGCGGCUCUUCAGCGGAGGACGGAGGAGCCGUCACGGCUGCUAUUCUCAUCAUCGGCGAUGAGAUCCUCAAGGGUCACACGGCGGACACCAACAGUGCCUUUUUGUGCCAAGGUCUCCGUAAGCUGGGCGUCGCCGUGCAGCGGAUCACUGUGGUGCCGGAUGUCCGCGAGGUCAUCGCUGAGGAAGUAGCCCGACUGUCCCCCUCCGUCACCCACCUCAUCACGUCUGGAGGGAUCGGCCCCACGCACGAUGACGUGACCUUUGAGAGUGUUGCCAUGGCAUUUGGCGAGGGCCUGCGAGCCCACCCGGAGCUGACCAGGCUGCUAGAGAAGUUCUUUGGUGAAGUCGAUCCAAAGAGUGCCACCAUUAAACUGGCUAUGGUGCCUGAGUCAGCAAAGCUGAACUAUGGCACGGACCCAAAGACAGGCCAACAGCUCCACUUCCCGCUGGUCAGUGUUCGCAACGUGUACAUCUUCCCUGGCAUCCCGUCCCUGCUGGAGCGUGCCUUCGAGAGCCUUUCGCAUCUGUUUGCUGGCUCCGGGACAACCUUUCACACACGGGAGGUGUUUGUGAACGCUGAUGAGGCAGACAUAGCGCCCGUCCUGAGCCGGCUGCAGGCAGACUGGGGAAAGCGGGUGGCCCUGGGGUCAUACCCAGACUGGCUGAGCAACUACCACCGGGUCAGGCUGGUGCUGGACUCAGACAGCGUCAAGGAGGUAGAGAGGGCUCAAGCUCAGGUGGAGGAGGAGCUGCCCAAAGGGAGCAUAGUCCGGCUUAUUAGUGACCCUGUGUCCAUCGCCACUGAGGAGGUUUACUCACUUUCCAACAGUGGAUCGCCGCUGGGGGAGAAAGUGGCUGCAGCUCUGAGGACAAUAGAGACAGCGCUGGAUCAGUAUUCGGCUAAUGAGAUCUGUGUCGGCUUCAACGGGGGAAAAGACUGCACAGCCCUGCUGCAUCUGUACUACGCUGCUCUGAAACGGCGCUAUCCCGACAGUAAAGACAGAGUGAAAGCUCUCUACAUCCGAAUCAUGUCCCCCUUCCCUGAAAUGGAAAGGUUCCUACAGGACACUAUAAAAAGAUAUGACCUAGACCUGGUCUCGGUGGAGGGCAGUAUUCGGCAGGCUCUGAGCGAGGUCCAGGAGAGAAGGCCGGAGCUUCGAGCUGUUCUGAUGGGAACCAGGCGCACUGACCCUUACUCUCGCACUCUUGCUCCGUUCUCUCCUACAGACCAAGGCUGGCCGGACUAUAUGAGGGUCAACCCAUUACUGGACUGGACAUAUCACGACAUCUGGUCAUUCCUGAGGACCCUGUAUGUGCCCUACUGUAUUCUGUACGACAAAGGCUACACAUCACUGGGCAGUAUGGACAACACCUUCAGGAACCCUUCACUAAAAGUGGUGGACGGCAGGGGCAUGACUAGCUAUAGACCCGCCUACCAGCUGGAGAAAGAAGAAGAAGAGCGCAACUCAAGAGCAUGACGAUACGAAACAUGGCAUAUAGCAAGACAAACUGAACGGACCGUUGCCUUUUUUAACUCAACAGUCAUGAAGAGUGUGUGUGCGUCUGUGAGAGGGAGAUACAGAUGCGGUUGCCUCUUCAAAUGUGAUGUGUUUUAAAUGACUUUGUUCUUUCUCUCUGUUUGAAUCAUUUGAAGUUGUUUAGCUGUAUACUGUAUGUAUGUAUAUGGGCACAAAAGCGAGAUGUACGUGUAUAAAUGUACAAAUAGAGUUCUAACAAUACAUCUUAACUAUGACAAGC